AUGUGGCUCGACUGGUGGGGCCCACCAAUAUUACUGUUAUUAUAUCUAUGCCCCACCCAAUCCCAACCGGUUGCUCAAUUUGGAAUGUGCCAAGCCAGAUGUCUUAAAGAGUAUGCAAACAAGAAAGACCGGCGAUUAAACAAUGGCGAUGUUGUUUUGAAUGAGCUGGAUAUUGCGAACAAUACCCAAUUUAGCCUGUGCAAACUAGGCUGCUCGGUUUCCGGCUUCUCUGAGCUCGACCUCCCAGCUUUCUUGGUUGGCCAGAGCACAGCCAAAGAAUUAUCUACAAAAACUGAAGAUGUUAUUCCGUUGAACGUCGUGACAAGGCUGCAAAUGUUGUGCGCCGACUAUGUGGCCUUGAAUCGGUCAAUCAACGGCCAGCUGUUGCUACAAUACAACAACGUGUCCAACGACUACUUUGUCCAUUUUGUCGAGGCCUUUUACCGGAGUGGCGAUGGGAGCAAGGCGGAGAAAAUGUUUUGGAGUACUUAUGGCUAUUCCAAAUCGAUCGACGCCAACCUCGUCCUCCCCGCCGACCUAACAGCUAUCCAAUUCCGAGUGACAACCUUCAGCACAAAAGGCGUCAUGGGCAACACAAUCCGUGGCCCAUGGUUCCCAGGCCCGAUCCUCGAACAAACAUCCACGGUUCAACUCUCAACCAGUGUGAAAAAUCAGAUGUGGAGUGAAGAGCAAGCCGCUGUCGAGCUUCACUUUGCUGCCCCAGCCGGAAGCAUUCCGGCCUGCUCGUUGACCCUGGCAUAUGAUGCUUCUGUGGACGAUCUACAAAUACCAUUUGUUUUGGAUCGUUCAAGCGGCUAUCUAGUCGAUAGCCUCCUCUUUGAGCAUGACUAUCGCGUCCAAAUUCGAGCUACCUCCCGAUUCGUCAGGGAUCAAGAUGGAGCUGAAGAGACUUUAGUUAGAACUUCCUCUUGCCGGAAGUUAGCUAAAGAUCCCAGCAUGUGUGCCCCUUCACCAGCCGAAAAUAUCCAAUGGGGUUGGGUGGGGCAAGAUGCCAUUGUCCUGAACUGGACGUUACCCAAUGAGCAAGAGACACAAGUCUUCCAUCGUGGUGUUCAUUUCUCAAUCUCAAUGCGGACUAUCCCUACUUCUGGCCCACAAUGCCCGGAAGUGCCGGAACAGAAACGGAGCGUGACUGGGACCCACCGUUCCGUGCAGCUCUACCCUAGCGAUGGAACCUGCAACUACGAAAUUGAAGUUGUUGUGGUCGACACUAGAAACCGGAGAUCGACACCGACCAAAGUGCAAAUAUAUCGUUACGAAAAAGCGAGCAGUUUGAUUAUUGGGGCGGCAGCUAGAGAUUGGGCACAGAUCGGAAUGUUAUUUGUGAUGCUGACCGUUGUUCUCAUCUCGGUGGCGGCAGCCGUGACCGUGUGUGUCCGCUCGAGGCGAUUAUCAAUAAUGCAGAAGGAUUUGGGGAAGGCCCUUCGUCAGAGUGUUGUUACAGGAACUAUUUGCACAAAUGACUCCGGAAGUGAGCAGUGGUGCCAAAUUAACGGAAAGCAAGUGGUCGGGCUUCGUUCCGGAUAUCUCGAUUCUGAUGAAGAAAGUCAGAAAGCUAUUCAAGCCGACCUGAACCGAAAACAUUUCUCCGCAACACUACCAAGACCACCCAAUAUGGAACCACCCCAGAUACACUAUGUGAGCUCAUUCCGUGGGGUCCAUUCGUUGCGAAGGCCGAACCGGCAAAAUUUUUCGGCUUUACCUCAAAACGGAGCGCCCGCAUACGCAAGUGAUGUCAGUAGAUUGGCAGAUCAAGAUGGUUAUACUAGAUUUUAUAACCAGAAUCUCAUUUCUCCGGAAUCGAUGAAAUAUGCAAGUCUGCCUAUAAUGGACGCGGUUCUGCCAGCAACCAUCAGAAUACCUUCACAUCAAAUUGACAUGGUGGAAUACCUUGGAAGCGGAAAAUUCUCGCUAAAAUCGCUGGUGGCAGUACGACAAGAAAGGGACUAUGUGCGAGUGCUACAAAAACAAGCGAUUGGUGGCGAUCAUCUCCGAAGCAGCGAAGUGGCGAUCAGAAGAGAAUUGAGAGCGGCACAAGCCAUGAAUUCAAAUCCAUCACAUUCGAUUCCAUCUAUUCUCGGAUUUUUGGGCGUAGUGGUCGAUCCAGCCGCAGAAGCGGAAUUGGUAUCCGGAUUAUUGUUUGAACAUUGCCAAGGCGGUGAUUUCCUUUCCUAUCUGCAUGUCGUCAACAGCGCCUUGUCACAAGCCAACCAAUCAAAUCCCAAUAACAUCUACGAAGAUGUCUAUUGCAUCGAGCAAAAGAAUAUGGCUGUUUUCCUUAGUCAAUGCUGUCAAGAUGUAGUCAGCGGAGUGAAAUAUAUUUCCGAAUGCGGGUUCCUACAUCGUGACAUCGGGGCUCAUUCUAUUUAUCUACAUCUGCCGUGGCAGGACGCUUUUAUGCAACCGCAUGGGCAAAGGGCGAAAAUCGCAAGUUUUGAACUAUGCGAGCCUGUCCGUCUUGGUACUAUUGACGAUGAUGGCGAAGGUCUAAAUAUCGAUCGUUUACCCCCAGAGACUCACGACGAUGGCAUCUACACUAAGGAGAGCGAUCUCUGGCAACUCGGCGAGUUCCUGUAUGAAGUCUGCACUUUGGGGCGGCCAGCUGCGUUACAGACGAAUUUGCGGGAAGGCCGUGAGGAACGGGUGCAACGGGAAAUCAAGCGCAUGCAUUCUGGCGCGAAAGACAUCGAUGUUAUGCUUGCCGAACCAAUGCGCCCAUUAAUAACCGAAUGUCUAAAUGUUGGGAUGGCAAAGCGACCCACAGCAGCCGUCAUUCUACAAUUUCUCGAAAAACUUCUACCUCCAAAAGUCCUCAGAACCGAGAGCUUCUAUGUA